GUUCUCUCUAUUGCUCCUGUACCCUGAGCCCAGUGCGAGUGCCCCCAAGAAAGGAGAUGGCUGGAGGACGGGUCUUUCCUCAGGCCCAGCUGGCUCUGAUCACCAUGCUGGCUCUGCAGGGCACUGGGGCAGUCAAAGUGGAUCACGUGCUGUCCCAGGUGGCCUAUUACCAGCGGACACAUCCAUCCACGGAGUCUGGUGAGUUCAUGUUCGAGUUUGACAACGAUGAGAUCUUCCAUGUGGACCUGGAAAAAAAGGAAACAAUCUGGCGCCUGCCCGACUUUGGCAAGUUCACCAGCUUUGAGGCACAGGGUGCCUUGGGCAACAUUGCUGUGCUCAAGAAGAACAUGGAGAUCAUGAUUGAGAGGUCCAACCGCACACGGUCCCAGAUCGUGGCCCCAGAAGUGAAAGUGUUUUCCGAGAACCCUGUGGAGCUGGGCGAGCCCAACAUCCUCAUCUGCUUCGUGGACAAGUUCUCGCCGCCUGUGCUUAACAUCACCUGGCUGAAGAACGGAAAAGAGAUGACAGAUGGCGUUUUUGAGACUGACUUCUACCCCCGCCAGGACAACGCUUUCCGCAAGUUCACCUACCUGCCCUUCAUUCCCACCACUGAUGACUACUAUGAUUGCCGGGUGGAGCACUGGGGGCUGGCCAAGCCCUUCCUGAAGCACUGGGAAGCCCAAGUGCCCACCCCCAUUCCUGAGACCACAGAGACUGUGGUGUGUGCCCUGGGCUUGGCUGUGGGCAUUAUCGGCAUCAUCGCAGGCACUGUCCUUAUCAUGAAGGGCAUGAAGAUGAACGAGGCCCGUAACCCACGGGGCCCAUUGUAAGAAGAGGAAGAACUAAGCAUCCCUGAGUCCUCCCCACAUGCCUUUGCAAGAACUGCUUGCACUGUCCUCCCAAACCUGCCACCCCAGUGUCCCCACUCUGCUACCAUUGACUCUCAGCCACUGGACCCAGGUGGGAGUCCCCCCUCACUCUGUGACUGUGACACGUUGAUCAUGGACUGUCUUCUACUGCUCCCUCACACUGGGGCUGGGGAUGGCUGCUGACCCCUGGGAAUGGGAAAAGGAGGUUCUCACUUAAGGGCUGGUUGGGACCAAUGGCAGCUGGUCUAUGUAUUAUAUCCACUGUCUAGUAAAGUCCUGGGUAAGAGUCUCUUGACUCUGGUGGGUGCUGGAUUGCGCCUGGCACCUCAGCCCUUCUGUGAGUCAAUCAUGCCCAAAUUAAUCCACUGAAGUUGCUUUUGGGUAAAUCCACUCAUUUAAGGUCAAAGGGGAGGGAACAGGGCAGCAGCCCCAGCUGCCCAUCUCUGCUCUGGAGCCCAGGUACAGACGGCAGGGUGGGGGCAUCUGCAUAUAUUUGUGUGUGUGUGUGGUGGGGGUCUCCUUGCCUGUGCAACCCCUCAAAAUUGUGCCCUGGGUUUGUCCAGAAUCCUGCGUGCUGGAAUCUCAAUCUGCAGCUUUUCUGAACAGCAAUAAAAUAGAUUUGGGGGA